AUGUCCAAGCCUCUCCGACAGCGUCUAACAGCACGCGAGGAGCAGCAGUUACGAGUUGAAAAUGGGGGCACAGACCCAGUUACUGUGCUUGAUACGUCUCAAGUCAACAACGUAAACAAUGUGCUUUUCCGCUGUGUCGGUUGUCAACGGGCUUUUCAUAUACGACAUCUGCCAGUGGAAGAAGGUAUUGUCGUAAGAUCUGAUAUAAAUGCAGUUUUUGCCCAGUACAGCCUGAACUGGCAGUGCAGGGAUUGUUCUGAUGCCCCCGGAGAUGUCGAGGGCAUCGUCGCAUGGCGCCCCGCCAACCUCGAAGCCAAGGCUUCCGCACAACUAGUGGAGGCUGUCCCCGAGACCGAUAAGGAGUAUCUCGUCAAAUGGAAGAAACUGUCCUAUUUCCGCGCUACGUGGAAACGUGGUGACUGGCUCUGGGGUGUGAGCAGAACGAGCAUGCGUCGAUCAUUCUUCAACUCACCCAAGGCCCGCAAGCCCAUUUGGACUUCCGAGGAGGCCAUUCCUGAGGACUUUCUACGAGUUGAUAUUGUUUUUGAUGUCGUUUACUCGGACGCUGCGACUAUGCCGGAUGACAAGGCAAAUCCUGAGAUGGUUGAACGCGCCUAUAUCAAGUACAAAGGGUUGACAUAUGAAGAUUCAGUGUGGGAACUCCCUCCGCUCCCCUUUGAGGCUGCUCGAUGGAGCGAUUUCAAGCUCGCUUUUGAGGAUUGGAUAUAUCGGGAUGCCAUCCGUCCUCCCUCUCACGCUGCUCUCGAAACCCAUCUCUCACGGGUUCGAGCCCGGAAUUUUGAGACAAAGCUGGUGUUGCGCUCGCAGCCGGAGCUGAUGACUGGGGGCGAACUUAUGGAAUACCAGCUAGAUGGUGUCAAUUGGCUGUAUUAUAUGUUUAUAAAGCAGACAAACUGCAUCCUUGCUGACGACAUGGGCCUUGGCAAGACCAUCCAGGUCAUCGGGUUAUUCGCGACUUUGAUUCAAAAGCAUGGUUGCUGGCCGUUUUUGGUUGUUGCUCCCAAUUCGACGUGUCAGAAUUGGCGACGCGAGAUCAAGAUGUGGGCGCCCAAACUUCGGGUGGUCACGUAUUAUGGCUCUUCUUUUACUCGCCAAAUGGCUCGGAAUUACGAGAUGUUCACUGAAGACAGCAAAGACCUUCGGUGCCACGUGGUGAUCGCGUCCUAUGAGAGUAUGGUCGACGGAGGAACUAAGCAGGUCCUAGCUAAGAUCAAAUGGGCAGGCUUGGUGGUUGACGAAGGACAACGUCUCAAGAACGAUAAGAGCCAGCUCUAUGAAUGCCUUCAACGCAUGAAAUUCAGUUUCCGCGCCCUACUCACAGGGACCCCUCUUCAGAACAACAUUCGGGAGUUGUUCAACUUGAUCCAAUUCCUUGACCCACAACGACAUGCGGAACAAUUGGAAGAGGAAUAUGGGGACCUCACUUCGGACAAUAUCCGGGCCUUGCAUGAGAUGAUCCGACCGUUCUUCUUGCGGCGCACCAAGGCUGAAGUUCUACCGUUCCUACCGCCGAUGGUGCAGAUCAUCGUUCCCGUUUCGAUGUCUGUUGUGCAGAAGAAACUCUACAAGUCAAUCCUCGGCAAAAACCCAGACCUAAUUAAGGCGAUCUUCCAGAAGCAAACGAGCCAUCUCAAAAAAUCCGAGCGUUACAAUUUGAAUAACAUCUUGAUGCAGCUAAGGAAGUGUCUUUGUCACCCCUUUGUUUACAACCGGAAUAUCGAAGAAAAGAGCCCUGAUCCUGUUGUUUCUCACCAGCACUUGGUCGAGGCAUCUGGAAAGCUGCGUUUGCUGGGCUUGAUGCUCCCCAAUUUGCGCGAGCGCGGGCACCGAGUCUUGAUUUUCAGUCAGUUCUUACCAAAUUUGGACAUCGUCGAGGAUUUCCUUGAUGGUCUUGGGCUCAAGUAUCGUCGUCUGGACGGAAGCUUGUCAUCUUUGCAGAAACAGAUCCAGAUUGAUGAUUUUAAUGCGCCCGAUUCCCCAUACUUUGCAUUCCUCCUGUCGACCCGGUCUGGUGGUGUCGGCAUCAAUCUUGCUAGUGCAGACACCGUCAUCAUCAUGGAUCCAGACUUCAACCCGAAGCAAGACCUGCAGGCACUAUCGCGCGCUCACCGAAUUGGCCAGAAGAAUACUGUUCUUGUGUUCCAGCUCAUAACACGAGCUACCGUGGAAGAAAGGAUUAUGCAAAAGGGCAAGAAGAAAUUGGCAUUGGACCAUGUGCUCAUCCAGCGCAUGGAGGAUGAUGAAGUCGAGGAGGAUCUGGAAUCUAUUCUUCGGCAUGGUGCUGAUGCACUAUUUAACGACGAUAACUCUGCAGACGUUACCUACACCUCCGAGUCUAUUGACAGGCUUCUGGAUCGAAGCCAAGCGGAACAUGCCGAGAAAAUCGCUCACGACACGGCCAGUACCUCGACCGAGCAGCCACAGUUCAGCUUUGCUCGUGUCUGGCAGAAUGACCGUGGCACCCUCGAAGAAGUGACCGAAGGGGAAGACACACCUGUGGAUACCACUCUUUGGGAUCAGAUCCUCCAAGAGCGUGAACGCGCAGCAGCCGAGGAGGCUUAUCGGAAAUCCGAGGGGCUUGGCCGUGGCAAGCGAAAGAGAACGACAGUCAACUACCGAACGAAAGGGGAGGAGAAUGAUGGCGAGCCCACGCCCGUGAAAAAGAAGACGGGCGACCUUGAUCGAGAAUUUGAACCGGCAGACCAUGAAGGUGACGAAACAGACUCUCUCGGGGAUGCCGAAGAAGAUGCCAUGGAUAUGGCGGGCGAGCAGCCUCCGCCACAGGUUAGACACCGUCCUUUUAUUCGAGUCCGGUCGCCUCCUCCAGUACGACCAAUGAGUACAGAUGACACCGGAGAUCUCCGCUUGGCCUGCGCCGCAUGCAAGAAGCACCAUGGUCGUGGCAGUUGUCCACUGAAACUCGCCGGGGUCGAGUAUUGCCCACUCUGUGGUUUGGCGCAUUUCGGCCGAAAUCGUUCUUGCCCGCAUCUGCAGUCCGAAUCCCAGGUACGUCGGAUGCUAGUCGCCCUGUCAAAGAGCACAGAGCAUCCUGAACAUGUCACCUUGGCCAGACAGUAUUUACGCGGCAUUCUCGGCCAUUUGAAUGCACGUGCACGGCAGGUGGCUAUGCAACAGAGUCAACAUCCAAGUCUUCAGGGUCCCAUUCCAGCUCAGGAACCUGGGGCGCCGAUUGCGUCUGUGAGGCACUGCCAUAAAGCACCAACCUCGGAACCUUACAGCUCGGUUGGUCCCACCCUUGCGCAAGUGGACCCUAAUCAUCUCUCCUGA